AUGGCGACGAUGACGACGGGAGAUCGACCAGGAUGGUACGACGAAGAGACGUUCGCAGUCUACGACUCCUUCCUGAGGAGGACACAAAGCAAGGAAUACCUUGACAUGGCGGUCAUCAGGAAGUUGGAGCCGUACAAGGAGCAUGGGCUCGGAGCCGACGCAGUCAAGCUGGCGAUGAGACUCGGGGCAUGCAAAGAUACUUGCGAUCCCAACGAGGCACGAUGGAACACUCACUUCCAGAUUGUGAACGGUACAGUCUAUGCUGUGGGUGGGAUCCAGCCAUUCUGGAACGAGCACCACCGGAAGCGCGUGAAGGCUGUGUACACCAUAUUCGCAGAGCUGGUCAAGUUACAACCGGACCUACCGGAUGUAGAGUUUGUGAUCAACUUUCAUGACUACAACAAAGUCCUUCGGAGCCAGGAAGACACGAUGAGCUGGGGAGAUUCGACCUACUGCCCUCCCUUCGCGCUGAACGAAUCCUUCCUAGAAAGCGCUCGCUCUGGAGCAUCGAGGUCGUGCGAGGCUGUUGGAGGCUCUGCUGGAAGCUUCAAGGAGCACGAGCCUCAGUUUCAUGGCCACGACUGGCAGCUGCACUACCGGAUCUAUGGGAAUCAUUUUGGAAAUCCCAUCAUCAGGGUCAACGAGACGAACCCUCUCAAGAUUGCGAUCUUCUCCGCUACAAGCUGCGCUUUCUCCUACGACAUCUCGUUUCCCACCACCUUCUACGACUUUGACCUCCUCGACCAAGAAUACUCCGAGCUGUCAGCUGCAACAGAGUCCCUGAACUGCUGGCCUGAACUUGCAGGCAGGUUUCAAACAACAGAAGCGUUGUUCCCCUGGGACUCGAAGCUUGAUGUCGCGUUUUUCAGAGGAAGCUGCUGGUUCUACAAGUCACAUGGAAGGACAGCGGCCAUGACGAUGAGCAAGGUAGCAAAAGACCUUGUGGAUGCGGAAUGGUACGACGAGAUCCGGACAGACAUGCUUGAGAAGGACGGGAUCCCCCAGUUCGGGGAUAUUCACGAAUCAGCCCGAUACAAGUAUCUCCUGUUACCUGAUUUGCUCGAGGAAAGCAUCUGGAAGGCCAUGACUUCUGGUCGAUGCGCAUUCCUUCCAUGCGAGGAGUUCUACUACGGUUUCUUCAAGCCCUACACCCAUUACCUUCCUAUCAAGAGGAACGACGACGUAGUCCUCAACAUCUCCGACUCGCUCGUGAACACGUGA